AUGCGACGCUUGUUUAUUCUAUUUGUGUUACUCCUUUGUGCCCAUGUGGUUGACUCUGUUAAAAAUGGUUUCGUUGAUGAUUCUCCACGAAAACAUUAUUAUCGGCAUAAAGGAACCGAAGAAAGUCGAGAAAGUAUAUUGAAAAAAUAUACCGGUCAUAUUGCGUGGAUGAAUUGGAGACAAUUAGUUCGUACUGUCACUGUAGCACAGUGUACUUUGCUAGAACAUGAUGCUUCUUCUAUUCUUCCUAGAGAUAACUCUAAUGAAAUGAAGAAGAAGAGUCAAGGAAUUAAAUUCUUAACAACUGCUCGAUCAGCCUCACCUAGUCCUAUUUGUCACUUACCUAUCUUUCUUUUUUUUCACCGAAAUGAUUGUCCUGCAUGCAAGUCGCUAGUACAAGAAUUGGGUAAAAGUGCAGAAUUUGAGCUUUUGAGUGAAUACAUGACGAUGGUGGCUACAGAGACUAUGGAGGAUAUGACUGAGUAUUAUCCAUAUCCUAAACCUCACGUUUAUAGAGAUGUUGGUCGUACUCAUGGGAUGCGUAAAAAAACGAGAAUGAGAAAGGAAGAGUCUGAUGCUAUUAAACAAGCUUUUGCGGGACAAGGGGAAUAUUUUCCUCGGAUAUAUUUCUUAUUUCCUCAAAACGGAACUCUUAUGCCUAUUGUUAAUAGCGCUAUGGAUGCUGAUCCGGGGCAUUUGAAUUUUUAUCACGAACCGUCAUCUCUUAUUGAAAGUAUGAUGCUUGCUUUACAAAUGAUGAACGGAGCGGUGAGCUUUGCAGACCUCUGA